AUGGACCCGGCGAAGAAAACGGGUGCAGCGUCGUACAGUGCUACAGACAGUGGAGCUUCCUUUGGCAAAGAAGAUAUUUCCUGCAGCUCUACGGAAGAGCAUAACGCAACUAACAUCGACGAUGCGAUCGAUCGUGAAAAGCAGGGAUCCAAUUUAACCGCCUUUUUCAACGUCGUGUGUGUUGUGGCUGGUACCGGUGCACUCGGCCUGCCUUAUGCUCUCAACCAAGGUGGCUGGAUUGAUACGGGUGUUAUUUUAAUUCGUUGUCUUUAUUACGAUGGAACCAACCGAUUAACGUCGUAUCAAGAAGUGGCAGAAGCGUCUUUUGGUGUUAUUGGAGGCUGGAUUGCCUUUUUCUUCACAGCCGUUACUUUGAUCGGUGUGCCUGUUCUCUACCUUUUGUUGGCCGGACAAAAUCUGCACGGGGUGUGCAAGGGGACAGCAGGCGAAUUGACCUUCCCGAUCUGGACCAUCAUUUGCGCUGCUUUAGUGGCUAUUCCGUUUGUCUGCUUCAAGAGCUUGAAAGAAAUCGGUGUUCUGAGCACUUUCGGUACGAUUUCCACUUUUGUCGUUAUUAUCAUCGUGCUUGCCGUGGCCGUGAAGGAACAACAUAAUCAAAUCGAUGUGCACCAUGAUCCCGUCAUUUGGAAUAUGUUUCCCAUUGCUCUCAGUUCCAUCGCUUUCAGUUUCGGCGGCAAUCCGGUCUAUGCCCAUGUGGAAGCUGGUAUGCGACGACCUCAGGAUUGGAACAAGGUUAUUCUUUACGGUUUGACUGCUUGUGUUGCCAUGUACUUCUUGGUGGCUGUUCCUGGCUACUAUGUUUACGGCCGAGAUACCCGAUCCCCCAUUUACGAUAACCUUCCCAAUGCCGGUCCAAAGACAGCUUCGAUUGUCAUUAUCACGGUCCACGUCCUGUUAGCCGCUCCUAUCCUUUUAACCUCCUUUGCUUUGGAUCUCGAAAAAAUGCUGCGCAUCAAUGCCGAGCACCGAUCGCGUUGGAUGGAAUGGAUUCUUCGCAUUGCUCUGCGUGGCGCAUUAAUGGUGGUCAUCACUGUGAUUGCUAUUUAUGUGCCUUUCUUUGGUGAUUUCAUGUCGUUGCUUGGUGCUUUCUCCAACUGUGCUCUGAUCUUCAUCUUCCCUGUCGUUUUCUACUUCAAGUUAACCGGUUGGCGCAAACCUUGGUACGAAAUGAUUCUUGCCUUUUUCGUUAUCCUUCUAGGUGUGGUGGGUUUGAUUUUCGGUACUAUUUCGGCUAUUCAAGCAUUGGACAAGGACUUCAAAGGCCUUCAUAAUUCGUCGUAA